AUGUGCUUUAUUAAAUAUAAAUUAUUACUUGCCACACCAAUAACUCAACAUAAUGAAGAGAAUAUACUUUCAGAUAAAUAUGACAAUAAUAACAAAGUAAAUUCAAGUAUCAAUAAAUUGCUAUCUGCCACAACAAUAAAAUCAACUGAAUAUCAUGAUAUAGAUAUAUUUUUCGAGAAACAUGAUAACAACAAUGAUGAAAUAAAUUUGGUUGCUAGUCCUAGAGAUUAUUAUUUUAAACAUGCUAUUAGUGAUGUUGAAGAUAUCAAAAAUAGUGAUAGCAAACCAAUUAAACAAGCCAAUCAAGAAAAAAGCAAUAAUUUAGAAGAAUCUUACCCUAAAGAGCCUGAUAACAAAAGUACCAAAGAUGUAGAAAGUAAUCCUAUUCGAGAAAUCUUCAAUCAAGUUUUUGUUAACGACUUCUGGAUAUGUGAUUCCUUGAUAGAAAAGCUAUAUUAUUUUGCCAAAAUCUACUCUCGCAUUUGUCAUCUAUGUAGAGAUCCUAAUAUUGCUCAGUCUAUAUCAAAUAAAAUACUACCAAUAUGUAAAAAUUGUGCUGCUAUGAAUAGUUCAACUAAAUACUAG